GAGUCUAUCAUUGCUUCAGCAACCGCUCUAAUGGCGCGCUUUAGCAAGCUGCAGACACAUGGGUCCAUUACAAUCAUCCAACGGCAGUAAGACUCGUUGGCGUAGCUCAGCGUGUUCCCUCGCGCAUCUACCCCGGUCCGUGAUUAGAUAGCUACAUACCCAACGGCAGCAUAUAUUCGGCCGUGGGACGCAGGAUCAACACUCGUCCACGAGUCUGCGGACGAGCAGUAAUCCACUGGUUGCAUGUCUGCGGGUUCGACUCGCUGUGAUUCCGAAACUAUUAUUUAACGGCAGAAGACGCAGUAUGUAGCAGUGCUCGAAGUGAAAGGCUCUGACUAGGUAGACAAAAAGCCUGUGCGAACUUUUAGCUGAAAAGACGUGAGGUUGCAAUAGUGCGUACUGCUUUCUGUUGAAAAGUUUAAAGUAUCAUAACAGGGUCGCAAACGAAUCACAGAUAUUUGUCAGAGAGCUUGGUCCACUUACGUAACCGUAAUCAUGACGCAGGGCGCUCUCGAGUUUGGUAUGACGGAGGACAAAGUGAACGGUAUGAAGAACGAAGUGACCAUCGAUGAUCUGCGCGUGAAAGACAUCCAUGGGCGACUGGAUAACCAUGAAAUGGCUGUGAUUGGUACCUACGUUGAUAAACGAGUGAUCCCGGGUUUUCUGUACCGCGUUCGAGUAAUCGAUUCGCCUAGCUACCUUUUCAAUGGACAAGGUCUGCUGCUCGAGAGCAUCGGCCGAGGUUACGGCAAGCGUAUCACCUUUGAGAGCGAAUCCCGAAAUGAACCAUACAACUAUUUCUAUUCCGAUACCGUUCCAGAGGGGUACGCGUUCGCACCUGUAGCAAUCCGCGUUCACGAUCAGCUAGAUAUACUCCCUAUAUCUGGAACCUCUCACGGCGAUAAGAGCUGUGGCCGACUCCAGGUCAUUAACCUGACCCGACCUCAACGCGAGAUCAGUACCCGACUGAAUGAUAAUGGCCGCAGCUUGUGGAAAUCGCUCGAAGUCUACUUCACGGCCAAGGUUCUCUCCGCAACCGAUCUACUCUUAUCGUGCAAGGUACGCUCCUGGACUAGUAUCGAUUGCAUCGGUGUGUGCCACGUAGUGAAAAAACGGGGAGCUAAACGGGCAGAAAUCGACCACGUUGAUCUGAAGGUCGGUAGCUGCCUUGCCGGAUUCAAGCUCGUACCACCAUCCCAAGGUGCAUCACCAUUACCCGUGAGUUGAGCCAAAGCUUCAAUGUCAUGCACGUAAGGUGAAACAUGAAGAUGACCUUCCGUCAUGACAAAAAGAGUCAAGAGAAUCUUAAAUGUUAAAUUUACUCAGGGUUGGUUGUACAUCAGUAUGUACACUAGCAUUCCACUUGUGCCUUAUUGAAAAUGUAAGAUAAGUCCUGGAGUUCGAGUUAAAAACAUACGAAAAAUAGGUCGCUGACGGGGCAUCGCCACGCAGGGCACAAUCGCCUCUUUGUCCAUUGUUAUGAUCAGCAUAACAAUCGUUUGUUCCAUCUAUUGUUCAUUGUUCUGUAUAUGCGAUCUGAGGAAAUCGAUUGUGAUCGUCGACAAGUUUGAAUAGAAGGAUCAUAUAAAUUUUGACGCUUUAAUAGCUGCUCAGAAAUUGCACUAUGGGAAUAGAGCCGUUUUCUAGUCGUACACAUCUGUACAUUCAGGCAAAUUGGGUCCGUAUAACAAGGACGAGCGAACUCGUAGACACCGAAUAGUCUGCUUUGUACAUGUACGUUAGUUGAAAAUUUGAACGCUUGGAAAAUAAAAAAUAAAUCUGAUCUAGUUCUAAUCGCUAAAUCAGAGAUUUUACAGUAAAGUAUGGCAAAAUAGCCAUAGAAAAACAUAGUCAUUGAUUCAUACAUAAAAGUCA